UCUCUCUCUCUCUCUCUCUUCCUCCACUCGGUACUCAAUUAUCUCCGAUUUAGGGUUUCCACAGUCGCCAUGUAUCGCACGGCAGCUUCACGAGCCAAGGCUCUCAAGGUUACUUCAGCUGGUUGACUAGUGGGGAUACUCUGGUUCGAUAACUUCAUUGUAUGUGCCACUGGAGGGUGUAUUUCAACCUCCACCACUCCCCGGCCACGUUGAGCCUAGCAAACUUAAGAUCACUGCUCUUCCAAAUGGUCUCAAAAUCGCCUCACAUAUGUCUCCCCUACGUAAGAUGAAGGUAGAGAUAGCAGAGCUUGCAAAGAACCCUAUGGGUCUCCUCAUGGAGGCCGUUCACACAGCUGCUUAUUCCGGUGCAUUGGCAAAUCCUCUGUACGCCCAUGAGUCUGCUUUGGAUAGAUUGAAUGGGGAACUCUUGGAGGAAUUUAUGACUGAGAAUUUCACUGUUGCACGUAUGGUACUGGCGGCAAGUGGAGUUGAACACGAGGAACUUUUACAAGUUGCUGAGCCAUUAACUUCUGACCUUCCUAAUGUACCUCGUCAAGUGGAGCCGAAAUCUCAGUAUACUGGUGGAGAUUUUCUCCAACAUACUGGUGGAGAUUUUCUCCAACAUACUGGUGGAGAUUUUCUCCAACAUACUGGUGGAGAGGCUACACACUUUGCGCUGGCUUUUGAGGUUCCUGGCUGGAAUAACGAGAAAGAAGCAGUCAUCGCCACUGUUCUUCAGAUGCUCAUGGGAGGAGGCGGCUCAUUCUCAGCUGGAGGCCCUGGAAAAGGAAUGCACUCAUGGCUAUAUAUGUCUCUAGAGUUACCAAAGAGGAUUUUUAAGGAGGGCGAGGAGCCCCAAGUGACUCAUAUCAAUAACAACUGCAGGAUUGAAUACAUUAUGCGAAAGUUCACUGAGUGGUUGCCAAAGGAGUUGGAAGUUGUGAAGAAAGAUCCGGUUUUUCUCAGAUCUUUAAGCUCCAUAAGAAUGGCCUUGGGUUCUCCGCGAGAGUGGUACACAGCUUCUUGUGUAGGGAGCUGGUGACUUAAAAAUUGCACGAGCUUUGGUUUGUCUUUGCGAGGAGACCACUCCGAUUUUCAUUACGAGAAUUCCACGCAGUAACCGGGUUGAGUGCAAUACUCGUAUCUCUCUUAAGGAGUUCGAAGAGUGGAAAUAUGACGGUGGUUUCUGGAGCAAUGUGUUGAGGAGAAAAGAUGGAACAUUUACACUCUUCAACCUGUGGAAUAAGGACAAGGAAGCUGUUAAGAAGUGGAAGAAUGCAGAUCGCAUACGACUGAUCUAUCUGGCCAUCAUUCUUUGUGUGGUUUUAGCGAGAGAUGAGAAGGCUAAUAUCCCCCUCAAAUACAUCAAGGUGGUCAUGGAUCUUGAGAAGGUUCGAAAGUAUCCUUGGGGAGUUGCUGCUUAUGACCUUCUCUACAACUCAAUAACCAAAACUCGUGACAACCUGAAGGAUAAGACUACUAGUUAUGUGUUGGAUGGAUUCUCGUACGCCUUCCAGAUUUGGGCAAUGGAAGCUGUACCAAAGAUUGGGAAGCUUUGUAGAAAAAAACUUGACAAAGGUUUCACGAACGGUCCUAGAUGCAUAAACUGGAUGGGAGCUGGAAAAGUGUCAUAUGAGGAGAUCAUUCGGUUGGAGCAAAUACUGACACCUGAGGAUGACAUCUAUGCAUAUAUCGACUGGAGAGGAAAUUAUGAUGUAGUCCAAUCUGAUGCUUUUCGCAGAGAUGAUGAUGUGGAGGAUGAUAGAGUCAAGAACCUGAUGGAGUUGAUAAAAACAUGACAUGAUUUUAAUGACCAUAUUUGGGAAAUCAAAGAAGCUCCAGAGGUUUGUUCAGAUCUUCAUGAUGAAGCACAUGUGAAUGAUGAAUCGGCUGUGAAUGAUGAAGCGGCCGAGAGUGAUGAAGACUACCAUACUCCAAAAGGAUCAAAGAACCUAGACGCUACAUCAAGAAGGGGUAAGAAGAGGCUUCCAGAUUGUGGUAUGGAAAAAAGGAAGCAUAAGGUUCUCUCUACUGGACCUAAGCAAGCGGCUUUUAAUGAAGACAUGAAGGCUUUUGUGGCACAGUUGUUUGAGCAGAGUUUCUCUGAAAUGGAACAGCGGCUACAAAGACAGAUGGCUGAGACAUUUGAGCAAAUGAGGACAGAGCUUAAAGAUUCACGGAAGGAAGCAAGCGUUGACGUUGACGUUGAGCUCGGAGAGCCUUUGAAGCCUUCACCGAAGAAGCCGUCACCGAAGAAGCCUUCAACGAGCCAGCCACCAUUGAGGAGGUCCACACGCGGGGUAAAGAAACACUAGUCUUCACCACUCUCUUGAAUGUUAUGUUGUCUUGUUUAUUAGGUUGUUUGCGUUUCUGUUUGUCUUACUGUCAUCUAUGAUAUCGGCCUGAAUUUUGUGGUGUUUUAUAAGGUCUCGGUUUGUAAGUGUGCUUGGUGUGUUAGUGUCCUUGGUUUGUAAGCGUGUAGUUUGAAAUUUAUGUAAAAUGUUGGUGUGUAAAUUAUUAGAACUUUUUAUAAAAUGUUAAUGUAAUGGAUUUGUU